ACGUACAGCAUCCAUUCACAUGGAUUUGUGAUCCCGGAAAAACUGAAGGAGCGAGUGCCGGAAUUGAAUCUACGUCAUCGAUCACUCGGACCCUUUUUGUGAGAGACAGAUUGUGUGAACUUUGCAAAAAUGAAAAGAUCUGCCAACCUCUCGUGGUGUAUACAUCCCGAAGAACGCUGCCGUACCGUUGCCAUGCAUGCAGCUUGAAUGUCGAGCCUAAAUCUUUCAUUACAUGUUCUCAACCAGUCUGAAGAAGGAUGUCGGCCAC